CCCCCAACCCCCAACCCCCAACCGUGACAUUGACUUGAUUUGCUUCACAAAGAAGGUAUGAAGUCUGUUUACUUCUUCUCUAACUUCCUACGAACUGACAAAAGAUCUUCCAGCCUCCUCCAUAAGCCUCCUAAGCCUCAGCUUGUAUAUGAUUUGAGUCAGAGCAUCACUUUUAACCAGUCGCUGCUAUGUCUUCCCAAAACCAGGAACCCCAAUUCAUAUAUGAUGUGUACAUUAGUUCCGGAUUGCAGUUCCUUCAUCCUUUUAUUUCAGGUCUCUAUGAUGCACUCAAAGGUGUUGGACUGCAUGUUUUAGCAGACCGCACCGAGCCCAAGACUAAUAUAUCUGACGCAAUCGAACGAUGCAGAGUUUCUAUCAUAGUUUUCACAAUAGCUUAUGCUGAAUCAACCUUGUACUUGCAAGAACUCGUGAAAAUAAUGGAGUGUCAUCGGAGGAAAGUUCAGAAGGUUGUGCCCGUGUUCUAUUGCUUGGAUCCCUCCGAAGUAUGCAAUCUGAGCGGUCAUUUUGGGGAGAUUUUGUCGCGAACUCUGCAAGGAAUCCCAAGGGAUGAAAACAGGAUGUUGAGUUAUGGGACCGCCCUUCGACAAGCUGCUUCCAUUUUACCCAGGUUUCUUCCAGAUAUCUGUAAUAACAGAAAAGUUAUGAGCCAUAUAGUUGGACAUGUUACAUCCUUGAUAGAUUCAAAGAAAUUAUUCAUUGCAAAGCAUCCGGUGGGAGUAGACUCUCGUGUGCAAGAUUUGAUUCAACUCUUAAACAAUCAGAAAGCAGAUGGUGUCCUCAUAAUAGCAAUAUGGGGAAUGGCGGGAAUAGGUAAAACUACAAUUGCCAAAGCCCUCUACAAUCAAAUUAGCCACAAUUUCGAGGUGAAGAAAUUUGUCCCAGACAUCCAGGAUAGGGAGGAGGAUUAUCUAAGGAGGGAGCUUCUUUUGUUUUUUAGAGACCAAGUUAAAAGAAAAGCGCAUAACUUUGACUCAACAAGAAAGUUAUGGUGGGAAGGAGUUCGUUGCUUAAAGGUACUUCUUAUCCUUGAUAAUGUGAGAAGUGAAAGAGAGCUGGAGGUUUUGCCAGUAACUCGUGAAGGCUUUGGUCCAGGGAGUAUAAUAAUCAUCACGACAAGGACUAAACAUGAUCGACCUCAUGCGAUUGGAGUUAAUCAUAUAUAUAGAGUGAAAGAAAUGGACUACAACGAAUGUGUUGAGCUUUUUAGUUGGAGCGCAUUUAACAAAGCCACUCCUGAAAGAAGUUUUUCUGGUCUUAUUAAUUAUGCAAUUGAAUAUUCUGAUGGACUGCCACUGGCUCUUGUGUGUGUUGGCUCUGCUGUAUCUGAAAAAAGUAUAGAAGAGUGGGAGAAUAUAUUGGACAGCUUCAAAAGAUUCCCCUUUCAAGAUGUAUGGCAGGUUUUAAAAGAAAACAUAGAUUCUGUUGGAUCUGAAGAAAAGAAAAUAUUCCUUGAACUAGCUUAUUUGAGACAUCUCUUUAUUGGAAUGAAUCGAAAUGAUAUAAGUCAGAUAUUACAAGAAGCUGGACAUUAUGCCGCAACAAUAGCAAUUAAAGGACUUGAAGAGCAUAGUCUUGUGUGGUUUGAUGAGGACAAGCUUUGCAUGAAUCGUUUGCUACAAGAAAUCGGAAGAGAAAUGUAUAUGAAGGAAUCAUCCAUUGAGCCUCAGCAAAGGCCAUAUGAUGUAUUCUUGAGCUUUCGAGGCAAAGAAACUCGCUCAAAGUUCAUCUCACAUCUUUAUGCAUCUCUUGAAAAUGCUGGUAUCUAUGUUUUCAAGGACGAAAACGGGCUAGCAAGAGGGGAAAAUCUCUCAAUCUCGCUUCUGAAAGCAAUUGGAGAGUCUAAAACUUAUAUCAUUAUUUUGUCACCAAAUUAUGCAUUUUCAAGAUGGUGUUUGCAAGAGUUGGAAGACAUCAUGAUAUUUUGUAAAAAUAAAACUCAAAAGGUGCUGCCAGUAUUCUACCAUAUAGAUCCCUCGGAAGUGCGAAAUCAGACUGGUAAGUUUGGACAAGCUUUUGAUAAUCUUAUGAGAAGAUACCCGGACAAAAUAAGAGGCAAGGAGCAGAGUUGGAGGAAAGCACUCCGUGAAGUUGGGUGCAUUGCAGGGCUUGUCAUCCGAAAAUCCAAGAAUGAAAGUAAGGAUAUUAAGAACAUUGUUGAACAAGUUACUCAUAUGCUGGAAAUGAAGGAAUUGUUCGUUGCUAAUCAUCCCGUAGGAAUUGAAUCUCGUGUUGAAGAGGUGAUUCAACUAUUAAAAGACCAGCAACAAGAAAAUCCUCUACUACUUGGUAUAUGGGGCAUGGGAGGGAGUGGUAAAACAACCAUUGCCAAAGCGGUUUAUAAUAAAAUUUUCCGUGGGUUUGAAGGUCGGUGUUUCCUCCUAAAUAUAAGAGAAGUUUGGGAUCAAGAUAAUGGAAUUCUUCAUUUACAACAACAACUUCUUUCUGCUAUCUACAAGACAACGAAAAUAAAGAUUGAAAACACUGAAUCUGGAAAAUCAAUAUUAGAGAGAAGACUUGGCCAGAAAAGGAUACUUGUUGUACUUGAUGAUGUGGACAAAUUGGAGCAGCUAAAUUCUUUAGCUGCAAGUCAUAAAUGGUUCUGUCCUGGGAGCACAAUAAUCAUCACAACAAGAGAUGAACAUCUUCUUCGUUGUCUUAGAGUUGAUAAGUUAUAUAGUAUGAAAGAGUUAAAUGACAAAGAAUCCAUGGAACUUUUUAGCUGGCAUGCAUUCAAAGAACCAUGUCCAAAAGAAGAGUUUGCUUCACUUGCUAAUGAAGUUGUUUCAUAUUGUGAGAGAUUGCCACUGGCUCUUGAGGUAAUUGGGUCACAUCUGUUUAAUAGGAAAGUAUGUGAAUGGAGGAGUGUUUUGAAUAAACUCAAAACUAUUCCAAACAACUAUGUACAGAAGAAGCUUAAAAUAAGUUUUGAUGGUCUAAGUGAUGAUAGGGAUAGAGAAAUAUUUCUUGAUGUAGCAUUUUUCUUUAUUGGAAUGGACAAAAAUGAUGUAACUGAUAUAUUAAAUGGCUGCGGGCAUUCAGCUGACAUUGGAAUAAAUAUUCUUAUGGAACGAUGCCUUAUUACUGUGGACACUAAGGGAAAACUUGGCAUGCAUGGUUUGCUGCGAGACAUGGGAAGAGAAAUUAUUCGCAAGAAACAAUAUAUAACUCAAAAAUCAAAUAAAAAUCCAUGA